AUGCAACAGGCUUUAGAACGAGCUUUGGACCGUGCGGACUAUGUCAUCGCAGGUGCCCAGCAGAGGCCUCCUAAAAGGAAAGUCUCGUCGAGUGGGGAAGCAUCUCUCUACGAAAAACUUUACGACAUCUAUGUGGAAGAAUGUGGGAGAGAGCCUGAGGCUCCAGAGGAGCUAAGAAGCAACGUGAACUUGCUAGAGAAGCUCAUGAGGAGAGAGUCGUUGCCGUGUUUAGUGGUCAACCUAUACCCAGGAAAAGAGGGAUAUUCACUGAUGCUCGAAGAGAAACAUGGAGCGUAUUCAGAGACUAUUCGGCUGCCUUAUGAAGAAAGGGAAUUUCUUGAAUAUCUGGAUGCUGAAGAAUUACCUCCUGUUUUGCUGGACCUCCUGGAAAAAUCUGAGGUGAACUUCUUCCACUGCGGGUGUGUCAUAGCACAGGUGCGGGACUACAGGCAGUGCAGCAGUGGGGAACCUCCGGGCUACCAGAGCAGGCACAUUCUCCUGCGCCCGACCAUGCAGACGUUAGCCUGCGACGUGCAGUCCAUAACCAGCGAUGGCCAGAAAUGGACCCAGGAAGACAAACUGUCACUUGAGAGCCAGCUGAUCUUGGCUACCGCUGAACCCCUGUGUUUGGAUCCUUCUAUAUCCGUAGCCUGCACUGCAAAUAGGCUGCUCUAUAACAAGCAAAAGAUGAACACUCCGCCGAUGAAAAGGAGCUUCAAGAGGUACUCUACACCCUCUCUGAGUCAGCAUUGGGAGCUGUCUCAUUCUCCACCUCCUCCUGAGCUGACAGUAUUGACUUCUUGCAAAAAGAGCAAAGAAAGUAAAACAAGUGAGAAUUCUGACUUCAUAAUUUCUAAAGCAGCAGAUUAUGUAGAUAUGUGGAAACAGAGACCCUGUGACUUGGCUUUACCUUCUGAAGUGGAUGUGCAGAAAUAUGCUAAAUGGGAGAAUUUUGUCAAAUGUGAUGGCUCACAACCAACAGUGUGGCCAGCCCAUGAGAUAAAAGAUGAUUCUGUAUUUGGAUAUGAAGGUGGUGAUGAGUCUCAGACAAAGCUGACCUUGAUGCAGUCACUUAAGGAUCCACUUAUCUCUGGAAAAAGAAGACGACGUAAAAAAGUCAGAUAUGAGAGACAGAUAUCUUCUCCACACCCCUCCACAGAUGACCAUUCAAAUAGUGUCCUGCCUGGGUCAAAGACUGAUGCUGGUGUGGUAGUCACUGAGCCAGAGGUGGUAGUCCUACACCAGGCCAAAUGUCCAGUCACCACUUCACAUAGUUCCAGCGACUCAGCCAGAUUCAGCCAUCUGCCUCCAGGGAAAGAAACUGAACAUCCCAAGAUCCUUUUGGGUCAGUCUUCAGUCCUGGGGAAGGGAUUCAGACAUCCAUCUCCAACCAUCAAACUUCCCUUAAGCUCAGAAAAGACUUCAUCAGGUAACAGUUUAACUCCAUGGCAAGGAAACAGCUUUCUUAAAUCUCCAUCUCCUGUUCUUGCUUCUAAGCCACCAAGUCUUUCUCAGAAACCCACUGUGGAAGUGAUACAAGUUAGCAUGCUUCCUCCAGCCACCCUGUCAACUACUGGCUCAUCACAAAGAACCUUGUCCACCCCGGUCAUGGCCAACUCCCAGAAAUCCUCUGCGGAAGUGAUACAAGUUAGCAUGCUUCCUCCAGCCACCCUGUCAACUACCGGCUCAUCACAAAGAACCCUGACCUCCCCGGUCAUGGCCAACUCCCAGAAAUCCUCUGCGGAAGUGAUACAAGUUAGCAUGCUUCCUCCAGCCACCCUGUCAACUACCGGCUCAUCACAAAGAACCCUGACCUCCCCGGUCAUGGCCAACUCCCAGAAAUCCUCUGCGGAAGUGAUACAAGUUAGCAUGCUUCCUCCAGCCACCCUGUCAACUACCGGCUCAUCACAAAGAACCCUGACCUCCCCGGUCAUGGCCAACUCCCAGAAAUCCUCUGCGGAAGUGAUACAAGUUAGCAUGCUUCCUCCAGCCACCCUGUCAACUACCGGCUCAUCACAAAGAACCCUGACCUCCCCGGUCAUGGCCAACUCCCAGAAAUCCUCUUCAGAAGUGAUACAAGUUAGCAUGCUUCCUCCAGCCACCCUGUCAACUACUGGCUCAUCACAAAGAACCUUGUCCACCCCGGUCAUGGCCAACUCCCAGAAAUCCUCUGCGGAAGUGAUACAAGUUAGCAUGCUUCCUCCAGCCACCCUGUCAACUACCGGCUCAUCACAAAGAACCCUGACCUCCCCGGUCAUGGCCAACUCCCAGAAAUCCUCUGCGGAAGUGAUACAAGUUAGCAUGCUUCCUCCAGCCACCCUGUCAACUACCGGCUCAUCACAAAGAACCCUGACCUCCCCGGUCAUGGCCAACUCCCAGAAAUCCUCUGCGGAAGUGAUACAAGUUAGCAUGCUUCCUCCAGCCACCCUGUCAACUACCGGCUCAUCACAAAGAACCCUGACCUCCCCGGUCAUGGCCAACUCCCAGAAAUCCUCUUCAGAAGUGAUACAAGUUAGCAUGCUUCCUCCAGCCACCCUGUCAACUACUGGCUCAUCACAAAGAACCUUGUCCACCCCGGUCAUGGCCAACUCCCAGAAAUCCUCUGCGGAAGUGAUUCGAAUUAGCAUGCUUCCUCCAGCCACCCUGGCGACUACCGGCUCAUCACAAAGAACCCUGACCUUUCCGGUCAUGACCAAAUCCCAGAAAUCCUCUGCAGAAGUGAUACAAGUUAGCAUGCUUCCUCCAGCCACCCUGUCAACUACCAGCUCAUCACAAAGAACCCUGGCCACCCAGGUCAUGGCCAACUCCCAGAAAUCCUCUGCGAAAGCGAUACAAGUUACCAUGCUUCCUCCAGCCACCCUGUCAACUACCGGCUCAUCACAAAGAACCCUGACCUCCCAGGUCAUGGCCAACUCCCAGAAAUCCUCUGCGAAAGCGAUACAAGUUACCAUGCUUCCUCCAGCCACCCUGUCAACUACCGGCUCAUCACAAAGAACCCUGACCUCCCAGGUCAUGGACAACUCCCAGAAAUCCUCUGCGGAAGUGAUACAAGUUGCUAUGCUUCCUCUAGCCACCCUGUCAACUACCGGCUCAUCACAAAGAACCCUGACCUCCCAGGUCAUGGCCAACUCCCAGAAAUCCUCUGCAGAAGUGAUACAACUUAGCAUGCUUCCUCCAGCCACCCUGUCAACUACCAGCUCAUCACAAAGAACCCUGGCCUCCCAGGUCAUGGCCAACUCCCAGAAAUCCUCUUCAAAAGUGAUACAAGUUAGCAUGCUUCCUCCAGCCACCCUGUCAACUACCCUGUCAACUACCGGCUCAUCACAAAGAACCCUGGCCACCCCGGUCAUGGCCAACUCCCAGAAAUCCUCUUCAAAAGUCAUACAAGUUAGCAUGCUUCCUCCAGCCACCCUGUCAACUACCGGCUCAUCACAAAGAACCCUGGCCACCCCGGUCAUGGCCAACUCCCAGAAAUCCUCUUCAGAAGUGAUACAAGUUAGCAUGCUUCCUCCAGCCACCGUGUCAACUACUGGCUCAUCACAAAGAACAGUGGCCACCCAGGUCACAGCCCCUUCUCAGAAAUCCUCUGCAGAAGUGAUUAGAGUUACCAUGCUUCCUCCAGCCACCCUGGUGAGUACCAGCUCAUCACAAAGAACCCUGGCCACCCAGGUCGUGGCCAUCUCCAAGAAAUCCUCUGUAGAAGUAAAUCAAGUGAACACACUUCCUGCAGCCACCCUGUCUACUGCCAGCUCAUCACAAAGAAGCCUGGCCACCCCAGUCAUGUCCAGCUCUGCAGGCCACAGCAUCAUCAAAGUGGUGGGCUCUGGUUGUGGAGCCCAGGCUUUGGGGAGGGGUUCCAGUUGCAGCAAGGGCUCUACCUCUGGGACCACAGCUCCUGUGGAUAUCAAGUCUAGCACCCUGUCCUCAGAAGCUCGGCCACCAAAUGUAGUGCCUCCUGCACCACAGGCUCCUCAAAUAGGUGUUCAAUUUAUUUUAAAAAAUGCCUCCAGUAUCAGUCCAGUAACUCUACUGGAGCUUCCACAAGGUUCACUACUUUUGAACACCCAGCAGCAGCCUCAGCAGCAGUGGCUCUACCAAUUUAUUCCACAACCACAACUCCAACAGCCCACAACUACUGGUCCUCAGGAGCCAGUGCCACAGAGUUCAAGUGCACAAGGUUCAACCAGUCAGAGCACAGCCUCAUCUGCUCAGCAAGCCAUUGUCCUUAACCUCCCUGGAGCAGGAAGUUUUCUGCAGCCCCAGCCGGCAGUAUUGGCUCCGCUUAACUCUGCAGAGAGUCAAAGAAGACCCCAGCAGAGCCGACCUCAUCCCCAGCACACACUGCAGCAGACCCCUGCCUUGCAGCGGCAGCCACAGCAGCAGGUACAACAGUUGAGAAUCUUGCAGGGCCCCGUGGCCCUGACAACAGUAGUCGCCCAGAGAGCUGGGCCGCCUCCACCUAGUGUUCAGACAGCAAACCAGCCAAAAGGUAAAAUGAAGAAAGGCACAUAA